AACUGAUCUGAAAUCCGAAAAUCUGAUCCGAUCCAAUCUUUAAAAUCCGAUCCGAUCGGAUAUUAAUUCGGAUCGGAAUCGGAUUGCAUUUUCUAGAAUCCGAAAUCCGAUUCGAUAUGUGCUAAAUCCAAUCCGAUCCUAUCCAUGCACAACCCUAGCAUGUUCAGUAUGGGCAGUGGAGGUAUAACUACCAAUGGAACUAUAUAUCCAACAAGCUAAUGUAACCUUUUUGCUUUUGGAACAACUGGGCUUCAGGGUCACAAAGUUGAAAUCUUGUGCCAUGCAUCGCAUUCAGAAUCUUCAGAGAAUACUGAUUUCUUUAUUGAUGAAAAACAAAGUUAGACAUAAAAUGAGCAGUGGAGAUUGGAUGUGUGCUGCAUGCCAACACAUAAAUUUCAAGAAAAGGGAUGCAUGCCAACGAUGCAGCUGCCCUAAAUAUGCAACGUCAGCUGAUGUUGCCAUGUAUGGACUAAACAAAACAGAAGUCUUAGCUGGAGAUUGGUAUUGCAGUGCAAUGAACUGUGGUUCUCACAACUAUGCGAGUCGAACAAACUGCUAUAGAUGUGGUGCCUUAAAAAGUGAUUAUUAUGGUAUUGGAAUGAUGGCAUCAACAGGUUAUGGAUAUGAUGCAAGUGCUAUUCCUGGUUGGAAGAGUGGCGAUUGGUUUUGCAGCAGAUUAGGAUGUGGUGUGCACAACUAUGCCAGCAGAGCAGAAUGUUACAAGUGCAAAACACCUAGGGAUUUUGGAGGUGAUCUGAGAGAAAGUAACCUAUAUUGAGGGAUGCCGCGACAUGAGUUAUUACUGAAGAUUUACCAGAUCUCAUAAGCUUCCUUUCUUUAACAGUUUUUAGUAGCACUUCCUUGUAGUUAAUUGCUCAAAGAAGGUUUCUAAUUCUAACUGCAUUGUAACUGUGCAAAGUGUUCAAUGAAUGAAAUCCCUUCAGAUUUUGCAUUC